AUGGACGGCCCGAGAGGUCUCGCGCCGGGGCGCGGGCGCGGGCGUGGGCAAGGGCGGACGGUGCCGCCCGAAUGGACCGGCGAUUCCGGGUCCGGGCAGGGCGCCGGCCCCGACGGCUCGUGGAGUUACAGCUGGGGGUGGACAUCGGGGCCCGGCGGUGGCUGGGGCUACGGCCACGGCUCGGCGCAGGGCCCCCGCGGCGCUGCGGACGGCGCCGCGUAUGGGUUUGCCUACGGCAGCGGUGGUGGAGGAAGCGGGCGUGGGGGGUUCGGGUUCAGCUUCGGCGGUCACGCCGGAGGUUUCGGAUGGGGAGCUGGCGGCGGGUCGUUUGGGGUUGGAGGAGGCCACGGCAGCCGCAGCUGGAGCGCGCGCGGUGGGCUCGGCGGCGGCGGGAGGCAGCGGCCACCGCGAGGAGGCCGCGGUCGUGGCAGACACUGA